AUGAAGACUUUGAUCUCUGAGCAAGAGCCAUUUCAAGAGCCAGAGAUAAUUCAGGAUUCCAAGGACAUUGUUAAGGAACUCAGGUCUAGGCAGGAUUUUGCUGAUUCUUGCUAUUCUUAGGACGAGGUUACUAGCCUUGCAAUCCAGUAAGUGUGCCCUCACCACCUUAGGAUAUUUGAUAGGGAGUAGAACUUGGCUCUGAGAGUGAUAAUAUUGUACUCAGGAUAGACCAUUGCUCUGAGAACUAGUAUCAGUAGCUUCUGCAGUAGUUUCCUGCGAGCAGAUAGGUGCAAAUUCAAAAUAGCAAACGGCAGUAGAUAGACAGGGAAACCCGAGAGCUUGAGAAGCAAAUUCUCUGCUAUCACUUCGACUAGAAAUGGUCGCUAAAUCAGAUAUCCAAGAGACUCAGAGUUUCAAUAUACAAAAUCAAGAAGGUGCUGCAGAAACAAGACUCCAAAUAGAUUUAACCAUCUGCUACUAAUGAGAUAGGGUUAAAUGUUUCAGCCAGUCUUAUAUCUCGUUUCUUACAUGAAGAGCUCUCACUACGCUUUCGGAAGAUAAGCCACCUAACUCCCAAUCACAACUACUCCAUCAACAAGCUCAGGCGUCAAGUUGCAGCUGCUCAACAAUCGCCAUUACUCAUGGAUCAACCCAAGAAAACCUUAAAUCGUAGGAUUGGCUCAGAGACUUAUAAAGGUGAGUAUGAUUGCUGCAGGCUCCAGUGAUGGAGAAGUUCUAUUUACAAUGAAUUAGGGCAACAACACUGGGGAUACUUUCUUGCUAUUCCUGAUCAAACUUGCUCAUUACCUCAAUUCCUAGCGGCCCGAUUGGAGAUUGAACACAAUACUUCUCAUAGAUAAUGCACCAUAUCACAGGAGUCGUGACAUGAUGGCUGCAUACCGGAAACUAAAAUUGCCUGUAAUGUUCCUGGGCCCAUACCAAUUCCACCUGGCUCCAAUAGAGCAAGUCUUCCGAUUCAUCAAGAAUAGAGAUCUCAACCCUCUAACGACCAGGGCCUAAUCAAGGUAUAUCCAAUUCUAUUCAGUAAUCUCUUUAUAGAAAGCAGGCAAUCGUAUACAUGAGGGAGCUAGCCCUUCUUGUAAGAAAGCUAGAUUUUACUUGGCUCUCCUUUCAAUUCCAAAAUGUGCUUACAGCAGCGCUAAAUGA